GUUCACGUAGGCACCGUGACGAUGACUCUACCACCAGCGCCUCUCCAUAUCAAACGCGGACGGGCCAAGCAUGGCAAUUGGUACGCUUCUCUUCACUCCCGAAAAGCAUAUCGGCCGUGCUGGUACGGGUCACAUGCGGCGGUGGGUACGAUGUUUCCUUCGGUCUGAUCGGAUCCCUCUUUCAUUUUCAUAUAUAUUGUCAAUGCCGACAGACCCACUUUCUUUCAACUCUCCCUCCUCUUUCUCCAUUGUCUUCGUCGUGUCUUUCAUCACCUCUCACGUACACAUCACGCUGCCUCGUCACUCAGUGAGACCGACCACGGGGUCCUCGUUAUAAUCGAGCAUCAUGGUCACAAUCACCAGUGCACCCGGGCCUGACCCGCUUGCCUAUACCGCACAAAAGAAUGGUCUUCUCGACCAUCGAAAGCCUUCACCACAGCCAACACAUCUCGGCGUUCCCAUGACACAUCGUAGCCAUACAGUGCAGGACAAUGGCUCAGGCUAUGACGCUCCCAAGUUUGAGGGCAAAGGCCAGCAGAUGGAAACAGUCAUGGAUCAGAUCGAACAAAAGGGCUUCAUCCCUUCCGAUCUGGUCGAGGCUGAGACUCGCUGGUUCUACGAUGAUCUCGGAAUCGACGACAUGUAUUUCAGCACCGAGACCGUCGAAGCUGUUGUCAGUCACAUUCACUCCCUGUACGCAGCCAAAAUCGCUGCAUACGCCCGUGACGACCACAAAGUAGAGAUCCGGCUCGACAAGGAAGCCGCGGAUCACGCAGUCUACAUUGACACUAGCAUCCCUGGUGUUUCUGCACAAGAUGGUUCACAGUUCGAGAAGCGACUGGAGAAGAAAUAUCUCGACGCCAGCUCCGGGGCGCAGAGCUUCCGUAUGGAGUCAUUCCGAUCACCGAGCAAAUUGCCAAACACCGAUCAGUCACUCCGGUGUUACUUCAUCUAUCAAUCAUCCUUCAAGAACCCGAAACCCUCGCCUGACGAGACAAGCGUGGAGGUUCUUGGUGACGAGCGAUUCCUUUCCAAAGCGACCGCCAACACUAAGGCUAUCUACCAAUCUGUUUUGGAUGACAUUCUGAUGCGAGCUGGACCAGUCAUCGACAUGUAUGACGUCGAGGGCACCCGUGAGAAACGCCUCGUGGUCGGCUUCAAGCACGGCAGCGCGAUCGGUCUAUUCGCUGCCCUGAGUGACCUCUACCAUUACUACGGGUUGACGUCGUCACGAAAAUACAUCGAGCAGUUCAGUAAUGGAAUCACCAUUCUGUCAAUCUAUCUCCGUCCAGCGGAGAACAUCAAGACGAAUCACCCGCCUAUCGAGGCCAGCAUUCAUCAGGUCAUGAAGGAGGUUUCCUUGCUGUACUGUAUCCCACAGAGUCGAUUCCAGCUACAAUUCAGCAGUGGGCAGUUAUCCCUUCAAGAGGCCACUUAUGCACACUGUGUCUGGGUCUUCACUCACCACUUCCUCAAUCGCCUCGGAAAUGAGUACAACACCCUCACUACCCUGCUGGACCCGAACAACAGCGUCCAUGCAGAAUUGCUUUCACGAUUGAAGAAGCGUCUUCGCUCGGAGACCUUCACUGCUGAAUACGUCCUGGAUAUUAUCAGCAGCUAUCCCGAACUGGUCCGUUCGCUGUACCUCGCGUUCGCCAACAAGCAUUACGUGCACACUCGCGGUGACAAGGACGAUUUCCUUCCGACGCUGUCAUAUCUCCGCAUGAAGGUCGUUCCUGUGUUGUCAGAUGAUGCCCUACAGAGCUUGAUCACUCGCACGGCGGUGAAUGAGCAUCACCAAAUGGUCAUGUCUGCCUUUUGCAUCUUCAACCAAGCUGUGCUCAAGACCAACUUUUACACCCCAACCAAGGUUGCGCUGAGCUUCCGUCUCAAUCCUUCUUUCCUGCCGAUUCAAGAAUACCCUCAGCCGCUCUACGGAAUGUUCCUCGUCAUCGCUUCCGAGUUCCGCGGAUUCCAUCUGCGCUUCCGUGACGUCGCUCGUGGUGGUAUUCGUAUCGUCAAAUCUCGCAGCACCGAGGCGUAUGCCAUCAACGCCCGUUCUCUGUUCGACGAGAAUUACAACCUUGCCAACACACAACAACGAAAGAACAAGGAUAUUCCCGAAGGAGGCAGCAAAGGUGUCAUCCUGCUUGACCCGCAGCACCAAGACAAAGCCACCGGCGCAUUCGAGAAGUACAUUGAUAGUAUCCUGGAUCUUCUCCUUCCCGCGACCAGCCCUGGCAUUAAAGAUCCUAUUGUUGAUCUUCAUGGCAAGCAAGAAAUUCUCUUCAUGGGUCCCGAUGAGAAUACGGCAGACCUGGUCGACUGGGCGACAGAGCAUGCUCGACUGCGAGGAGCGCCAUGGUGGAAAUCUUUCUUCACCGGAAAGAGUCCCAGGUUGGGAGGCAUUCCCCACGAUGUCUACGGCAUGACUACCCUGUCCGUGCGUGAGUAUGUUCAAGGCAUCUAUCGUGAAAAGGGCAUGGACGAGACGCAAGUGCGCAAGCUCCAGACUGGCGGUCCCGAUGGAGAUCUCGGCUCGAACGAGAUUCUCCUCGGACGAGAGAAGUACGUCGCCGUCGUCGAUGGCUCCGGUGUUCUCGUCGAUCCUCAGGGUAUCGAUCGGGAGGAGCUCCUUCGCCUGGCCAAGUCUCGCAAGAUGAUUGUGAACUUUGACACAUCUCGCCUCUCAACAACCGGAUACCGUGUCCUUGUCGAGGACACCAACAUCACGCUUCCCUCUGGCGAAGUCGUCCUGAACGGCACAAGCUUCCGGAACACAUUCCAUCUCCGGCCCGGUGAGGCUGACAAUCAGACCGAUGCUGCCACCAAUGGUGAUACUCCUGCUUCGUCUAUCCCACCCAUCACGCUCUUCGUGCCAUGCGGUGGUCGUCCCGAGUCGAUCGAUUCCACCACCGUCACGCAGCUUAUCGACCCCAAGACCAACAAAUCCUUAAUCCCCUACAUCGUCGAAGGCGCCAACCUCUUCCUCACGCAAGACGCCAAGCUGCGCCUCGAAAAGGCCGGCUGCGUAAUCUUCAAAGACGCCUCCGCCAACAAAGGCGGCGUGACAAGUUCCAGCCUGGAAGUCCUCGCCGCCCUCGCCUUUGACGACGACGGCUUCCGCCGCCACAUGUGCUGCGACGUCCUCCCCACGCCUACGGAUGCCAACGGUCUCCCGACCUCCACCAAGGAAAACCUCGCCCCUCCUCCGGCUUUCUACAAAUCCUACGUCGCUCAAGUCCAAUCCAUCAUCCGCCAAAACGCCCGUCUGGAAUUCUCCGCUUUGUGGCGCGCCCACGAAUCUACCGGGACGCCCUUCUCCAUCCUCAGCGACCGUUUGUCCGCGGCCAUCAUCGCCAUGGACGAGGAACUCCAAGCGCGCACCGAACUCUGGGAGGAUACUGCUCUUCGCACCAGCGUCUUAUCCGACGCCCUCCCCGCCGUCCUCGUCGAGGCCGUGGGAGGAUUGGAGAAAGUCCUGGCGCGUGUCCCCCAGAAUUACCUCCGGGCCAUUUUUGGAAGUUAUCUCGCCAGUCGCUUUGUUUACUCGAUGGGCAUCGAUGCUUCGCCGGUCAGCUUCUGGGCUUUUAUGAGAGAUCGCGUCGUUAAGGCUGCUGCUGACGCGGCGGCGGGAGCGGCAUCGGCGCCUGCUGCUGUGACGAAUGGGCAUCAGUUCUGAAGGAUCACAAGUGUACUUUUCGUCGGUGUGUCUUCUUCCGCGCGGAGUUCACGAUGAAUGGUCUGAUUUUCGAGUGUUUGUUUGGGGUUCUGUUGGAAACCCUCCCGCGCUAUGAUUUGAAUGACAUGGAACACGUUUUGGAAAGAAAAAAUUGGGGGCAGAGAGAGAGAGAGGAAGAAGAAGAAGGAUAUGUACUGUAUUGGACGGAGCCAAAAAAAGUUUCUCUCGGCGGAAAAGAAAAGCAAAUGACUUUUUUGUA